AUGCUUCGCCCUUUGCGACGAACCUGGACAUGUCGCAAAUGCCUGCACCUGCGGCCCCAGUCACGAGCCUUCGAGAGCGCCGCAUCGCCUUCGCCGUCUAGCUCGUUUGAUUAUAUCCCAGCAGACACCAGCGCGCCGAACAAGAAAUAUGACGACCAUACCUUAAGGCGUGUGUUCGACUCCCAGCCAUUUUGGAAUGAAUUCUCGCAACAGCGCACCGCGGCUCCAAGGCGAGCUGGCUUGGUUCAAAACCAAUACCUGACAAGUCCUGAAGGCUUCAGAACAUUCGCAAAUGUCUCGCUACAAAGAUGUCAGGCUAUCGUUGCAAAGGUACUUGCAGCUUCGACGGUGGAAGAAUACAGAGCUCUGGCACGAGACCUUGACCGGCUCAGUGAUCUCCUGUGUCGCGUCAUUGACCUAUCGGACUUUAUUCGAACCAUUCACCCCGAACCUCGGAUACAAGAAGCAGCCACGCAGGCGUGGGCUCUCAUGUUUGAGUAUAUGAACGUAUUGAAUACGACGACAGGGCUCCAUGAACAACUUAACAAAGCCCUGAGCAACCCCGAUGUGACAUCAUACUGGACCGAAGGCGAGAGAAUCGUGGCUCAGAUCCUGAACAAAGACUUUUCAAACUCUGCAAUUCAUAUGCCACCAAAUGUGCGGCAGCGUUUCGUGAAUCUGUCGAACGAUGUGAGUCAAUUGGGUUCGGAUUUUAUGAACGGCGCGGAGCCCGCGCGGUCCCAGGUGGUCUUUGGCGCGAACAGUCUCCAAGGAUUGGAUCCCAUGGUUGUUUCUAAAAUCAAGAGAUGGAACAAGAAAGCGCCAGUCCCAACAAUGGGAAUUGUGCCUCGACUUGCCUUACGCUCAGUGCAUGAUGAAAACGUUCGCAAGGAGAUCUAUCUUGCCACUCGUACAUCCAGCAAACGCCAAAUUCAAAGAUUGGAAGAGCUUCUCGUCAAGAGAGCAGAGUUGGCACAGCUUACUGGCUACAACAGCUUUGCACACAUGACUCUGGGUGACAAGAUGGCUAAGACACCUGAAGCAGUAUCGAACUUUUUGACUUCGCUUGUCUCCAGUAACCAAGGGCCAGUCCGUGAAGAACUGUCCAAAUUGCAAAAUUUGAAGGGGAGCGCUGCCCUACAGCCAUGGGACCAUGCUUAUUACGUUCACAAACGCGUUCUAGAGUAUACUCAGGCUCGUCGCUCUCGUCACACGGGUGUCAUCAAUGAGUUCUUCUCUCUUGGAACAGUUAUGCAAGGUCUCUCUCGACUCUUCGACCGUCUAUAUGGCGUGCGCCUCGUGCCACAUGAAGCAUCUCCUGGCGAGACCUGGCACCCAGACGUUCGUCGAUUGGAUGUAGUUGACGAAUCGGAAAGACAUAUUGCAGUCGUCUACUGUGACUUGUUUACCCGACCGAGCAAACACCCAAACCCGGCUCAUUUUACUCUGCGUUGUUCCCGCGAGAUCUCUGCAGAGGAGAUCGCAGAGUGCGCCUCGAUGCACCAAUCCGCGCACCCCAACGAUGGCAUGGCCACCGGUGUCGAUCCACAGACCAAGACUCUACGCCAGCUGCCCACUAUCGCGCUCGUCUGUGAUUUCCAGGAACCGCAGGCCAAUGGUAGCGGUCAGCCAACUCUGCUGAGCGAGCAGAGCGUUCGAACUCUAUUCCACGAGAUGGGUCAUGCAGUCCACUCGAUCCUCGGCCAGACGCCUCUCCAAUCCAUAUCCGGGACUCGGUGCGCCACGGACUUCGCCGAAUUGCCCUCCGUGUUGAUGGAGAGUUUCGCGACAGCGCCGGAGGUACUCUCUUUGUACGCUCGUCACUGGAAAACCGACGAGCCUCUAUCAGAAAGUAUGAUGCAGAGCAUGGAGCUUGAUCGCACUGCACACGGAUCUAUCUACGGCGCUGUUGAGAACGAGGCCCAAAUUCUUAUGGCGCUCGUCGACCAGGCAUACCACUCCAUUCCAGCUGAAAUCAGCUCAGCCGGUAUUGACUCUACCGCAAUCUAUCAUCGCGUCUUCUCUCAACACUCCAGCCUUCCCGAUCCCAAUAACAUUCAGCCUCCUACCUCGUGGCAAGGCUUCUUCGGUCACUUGUAUGGCUAUGGUGCUACGUACUACAGUUAUAUCUUUGACCGCGCAAUUGCAAAUAAACUCUGGCAGGACGUCUUCCAAUCCGGCCAGGCGGCCACUGAUCGCGCCGCUGGUGAGCGAUACAAAAACGAAGUUCUUCGCUGGGGAGGUGGCCGCAACGGAUGGCAAUGUGUGGCUGGCGUUCUGGGAAGCAGCAACCCCUCCAACACCGAUGGGCGUCUGGCAGAAGGCGGCGAUGAAGCCAUGCGCGAGGUAGGUCGCUGGGGCCUCGGGCGCGAAGGCGUUUCUGCAUAA